AAGUUUGGUGUAUAAUUCAUAGUCGGCAGAGGGAAGUCAGAAAUCAACAAGUAUGUGACAGUAGUGGGAAAUUUUUGUGAAAUUGUCGUCACAAAAGUGAGACUGGACCAGAGAUUAUUCAUCCAUAGACAGUAAUUCCAGUUAUUGGAGCAGCAUUAUGACAAGUAAAUCAAAUUCUCUUGCUGAUUAUGGUACUUGCAAAAAUUGUCCUACACUAGAAGUAUCUACCAAUGAAAAUAGUCACAAGACAGAUGCAAUGGUUUCACAAGCAGAAAUAUGGCAGGAAGAUAAAAAGUUCACUGUCUAUAAAGUUGUAAUUUGGUCACAAAAUGAGUCUUGGCAUGUUUUUCGUCGUUAUAACGAAUUCUAUAAGUUGAAUGAAGCUCUAAAAAAACAAGUACCAGAUUUUAAUAUAAAAAUACCAGGGAAGAAAUUGUUCUGUAAUAACUUGGAUCCUUCAUUUAUUGCUACACGUAGAGAAGGUCUUGAUCAAUUUGUCCAUCAUCUUAUGCAUCAAAACAAUUUAUUAAAUAUUACUGAAGUUCGAAAAUUUUUUAACUUAGAUAGUAAAGUUAAAGAACCAGAUAGACCAAAUAAUUUUAAAUGUACUGGAACCAUUAAUCUAGGUCCAUCUGAAAGACCUUCUGCGAAUCCAUCUGAUUUUGUAUUUCUUCGAAUUAUUGGUAAAGGCAGUUUUGGCAAAGUAUAUUUAGCUGAGCACAAAAAUGAAUCUUCUCAUUAUGCUGUGAAAGUAUUAGAUAAAAAUCAUAUUCUUGCAAGAAAUGAAGUUAAACACAUAAUGUGUGAACGCAAUGUACUUUUAAAAAACAUCAAUCAUCCAUUCUUAGUUGGGUUACAUUACAGUUUUCAAACAAAGGACAAACUUUACUUUGUGUUAGAUUUUAUAAAUGGCGGAGAGCUUUUUUAUCAUCUACAAAAAGAAGUUAGAUUUUCUGAAUCGAGAGCUAAAUUCUAUGCUGCAGAAAUAGCAUCUGCACUUGGAUAUCUUCAUUCUAAUGGUAUUAUUUACAGAGAUCUCAAACCAGAAAAUUUGUUGCUUGAUCAAGAAGGCCAUUUAGUACUUACUGAUUUUGGAUUUUGUAAAGAAGGACUAGUAGGCACAGAAACUACUAACACAUUUUGUGGAACACCUGAAUAUUUGGCUCCAGAAAUUAUUAGAAAAGAAGCCUAUGGUAGAUCUGUAGAUUGGUGGUGUCUUGGAGCAGUUCUAUAUGAAAUGUUAUUUGGCCUUCCACCAUUUUAUAGCCUAAAUGUUCAGGAAAUGUACAAUUUAGUUUUGUAUAGUAGGUUGAAAAUUAAAGGACCAGUCUCUUCUCAGUGUAAAAGUUUUUUACAAAAGUUACUAGAAAAACAAAGUAACAAAAGACUUGGUAGUACCUCUCAAGAUUUUAGUGAAGUUAAAAAACAUCCAUUCUUUAAAUCAAUUGAUUGGGAAGAUCUUUUAAAUAAACGUAUAAUUCCACCUUUUCAGCCACAAUUGAACGGAAAGUGUGAUUUACAAUAUAUUGAUCCUCAGUUUACCAAAGAAUCUUUAAGUUCUUCCAUGUUGUCUUUCUGUGAUGAGACCAUAGAAGCUAAUAUUCAAGAUGCUGAUAAUGUUUUUGCUGGUUUCUCUUAUACUCCUCCUUCUAGCUUAGAAUAAUAUAAACAUGGCUGAUUAAAAUAAAAUACAACUGUUGUUCCUAUUGAAGUGUUAGUAUUUUUUUUUAUUAUUGUUAAAACUUUUUUAAGAUUUUGUUUUUAUUAUUUGCUGUGAUCAAAACAUUGCAUAGGAAUUACAUUUUAAUUAAAAAACAAAGAGAUAAUAGACAAUACUACUUAAAUACUUCUAAUUUUAAUGUUAUAUAUCAUUGUGUUCUAUUCUGAUAUUUUUCAAUAAACAAGGUUGAGUUUUCUGUAAAAUUGUCAAUUAGAGAGAAAAUCAAUUAUUAAUACUAUUUAUUAUAAAAAUAAAUUGUUUUUAGUCAAGCUCAUUCGUUUGAUUUCAGUUUAAAUAC